CGCAAUCUCCUGGGGAGCUGAUCCCUUCGUCGACCAACAAGCAUUCCACACUCCGUUGGACGCCGUCCACCGUUGUCAGCCCUGCGUGGUUGUUCUUGGGCAAGAAGUGAAGAGGUUUCUAACCGUAGGGUUUUCUACUCCCAAAAUCUGUAGGGAUGCUAAUCAGUAAUCAAUCUGUAAGCGAUUUCUAAGAGGCGGAUUUGAGGAGUUCUUUGCAACGUACUGCUUAAAGAUUGGCCCAGCCAUUUUUUAAUCUCUUCUUACUCCGUCCUUCUAUUUUCAAUAAGUUUCUGGUAUUGCUCAUCUUGAAAAGGCAACAGUCAAUAGCACCACAGCUGGAAAAGAAGUCGUUCCUCCAUGAGUUCUGUUUCUCUGGGCUCCUUCCACCUUAUCUCACCUCCAAUAUUCAAGUCCCACCCACGCCUUCAAAUAAAACGUCAGCAUAUUAACCGUCACAGUUUCAAUGGUCUCAAUAUGUCUUCUACUUCUCUUGCAUCUUCAUUCAGUAAGCUGAUUUUGCUUCAUGCCACUGGCUCAAAUUUUGAUGCUUCAAUUUCUUUUCCUGAGGGAGCUGUAUCUGUUAUUAACUUUGAAGAACUCGUGGAGAAGGAUUGGUCAUUACUUGAGUCUGAUAAAUCCAGUCCUGAGGAGGAAUUCAAUCGUAAUAUUGACCGCAUUAUUUCUGCUGGAAAGAUUGAAGAAACUUCAAGGGUUUUGGUUUCAAUUAGUUCUGAGGGGUUUGUGGAUCGCUUGGUAGAUUCAUCUCCAUGCAAAUUUCUGCUUGUUGUCCAUGAUUCACUUUUGAUGUUAGCUGGUAUUAAAGAGAAAUAUGACCUGGUUAAGUGUUGGCAAGGAGAAAUUAUAUAUGUUCCAGAGAAAUGGGCUCCCUUUGAUGUUGUGUUUCUUUAUUUCCUGCCUGCUCUGCCCUUCAAACUUGACGAGAUUCUGGGUUCUCUUACUAAAAAAUGCUCACCAGGUGGAAGGGUGGUUAUCAGCCAUCCUCAAGGGAGAGAAGUACUAAAAAAGCAACGGCAAGAGCACCCAGAAGUAGUAGUUUCUGACCUGCCUGAUAAAACAACUUUACAGAGAGUUGCAGUUGCUCAUUGGUAUAAUGUGACUGAAUUCGUAGAUGAACCUGGCCUUUAUUUGGCAGUUUUGAGCAGGUCGGCGGCUUAAAAAACUGCAGUGGAUAUUUACUUAAAAGUUUAUUACCGGUUCAUUUUGCAACAUUUCACUUAGCCUUGAUUGGGCCUGUCAUGGUUUUUGGCUUUUAAUGUUACCCUGUAUAUCUAAUGCAAAAUGUUCACUAAGGAUUCAA